AUGCCGGGCUCGCCCAAGGUCUUCUUCGCCUCCUCCGCCUCGCGCCGCGGCGGGGCGCUGCGCCGGCUGCUCUCCACGCCGGCCUUCUCCGCGGCCUGCCUCCUCUUCGGCCUCGCCGGCUUCCUCGCCGCCGCGCUCACCCUCUCGCGCUCCCCGUCCGUCGCUCACAGUCACAGCCGCUGCCCUGACUCCUCGCGCCCGCUCUCCGUCUCCGUCGCGUGGGACCGCCGCCCAGGGGAUGGCUCCGCCGCGGGCUCCGCGGUGCUCCCGGCCUCGCUCGCCACCGGAUCGCGCGGCCGCCACAAGGUCAUGGCCUUCGUCGGGAUCUUCACCGGGUUCGGCUCCAUCGGCCGCCGCCGCGCGCUGCGCCGGACGUGGCUCCCCGCGGAUCGCCAGGGUCUACUUCGAUUGGAGGAAGCUACUGGUCUGGCAUUCCGGUUCGUGAUUGGGAAAAGCAAUUCAAAGAACAAGAUGGCCGCUCUUAAUAGAGAAGUUGAAGAAUAUGAUGAUUUUGUGCUUUUAGAUCUCGAAGAGGAGUAUAGCAGGCUCCCAUACAAAACGUUAGCUUUUUUUAAGGCUGCCUAUGCAUUGUAUGAUUCUGAUUUCUAUGUCAAAGCGGAUGAUGACAUUUACUUGAGACCAGAUAGACUUUCCUUGCUUCUGGCUAAAGAGCGGUCACAUCCACAAACAUACAUUGGAUGCAUGAAGAAGGGGCCUGUUUUUACUGAUCCUAAGUUGAAAUGGUAUGAGCCCCAAUCCUUCUUACUUGGAUCGGAAUACUUCCUUCAUGCAUAUGGGCCAAUUUAUGCUUUAUCAGCUGACGUGGUGGCUAGCUUGGUUGCUUUGAGAAACAACAGUUUCCGUAUGUUCAGCAACGAGGACGUUACAAUUGGAUCGUGGAUGCUUGCUAUGAACGUUAACCAUGAGAACACACAUGCACUUUGUGAACCUGACUGCACGGAGUCUUCAAUUGCUGUUUGGGACAUUCCAAAAUGCUCAGGGCUAUGCCACCCAGAGGUAAAAAUGCUAGAGCUUCAUCAAAGAAAAGAGUGCACAGGUGGUCCAACUGUGGCAGCUGAGGUGUCUGAGUCUGAGGAUUGA